AUGGAAACCACCGCCGGAACGCAAAAUUCAGAGGGCUUGUCGUUCCGUCGCUUUGUGAAAGGCCCUCCUGUUUCCACCAUCUCUUCUGCGGUUGUCUUCUGCAAUGUUUCGGCGCCUUGGACGGCUGAUGGGCCUCCACCUCCGACGGUAUGGCCAGGUUAUGCCUAUCCGCCACCGCCAGGCACAGUCUAUCAGGGAUCACCUUUCCCUUACACUCCUCACUUCCCGUACCCCAAUCCUUGGGCGAGCUCUGACCAUUCUUACCAGAACGGUCUUCAACAACGGAACGAGAAUAGACCUCCCAGACCAGCCUUGUCCUCGAAAAAAGGUUCUGGUGCCAAUCUCAAACCGAAACAAAAACGUCCGCGCACUCCCUCGGAAUCAUCAGUCUCGGAGAACUCGAGCACAGAACCUGACAGUAAAGGUUCUGCCAUGGAUGAUUCCGAUGAGCGCGACAAUGAGGAGGAUAAAAAAUCCGAUACGGGCUCUAUUGACGACGAUCCCGAUUGGCCCAAUGGGGACAUCGAACGCAGGUGCAUUGAAGCUGUGAAGCAAGAACUCCGCCUUGGAGAAACAAAAUGGGCCUGGCGUUCGAAUGGAUGCCGACCAAUUGGUGGAAGGAUGACAGAGACGAGGAAGUGCCUUGGGGUAUUGGUGUGCUCCAGGUCUUCUUGUCCACGUGCGGUGCGCCCGAAGACACAGACAGCCGCUCGGAACGUACAACUCAUGAUGCCAUGUACCCUCUGCAAAUCGCCACUUACCCACCACGCCUGCGACGUCAAAUCUCUCCACUACACUGUGGUUGACGGGGGCGAGAGCUAUGCAGUCUGGGAGCACAUUGGGACACAUGCACACAGGCGUCCGCCUGAUCCACGCCGUCUGACACGCACUGAGCAAGGAAAGGUCGAUGAACAGGUCGCCAGAGCGCCAAAGGCCACCGUCCAUCAGCUACGGGUUGGCGAAUCGACUCCGGGCUCUGUCCCACUCCAUAGCAUCAAGCCCACCCUUGCCCAUCCGAAAUCAGCUCACUACGCCGUUCAGCAGAGCCGAAAGCGACAAGGUCUGACAUCCCUCGACGAGACCAUCAAAGGAACCUACUCGUUGAUCGAAGCAUUCGCAACACUGAAUGAGAAAUUUGGGGAAGAGUUUCUGAUUGAGUCCAGUCUCAGUUCGCCUGCGUAUCUGAUGUACCAGACGAAGUGGAUGCGGUCGGUUCUAGGGGAUGCAGUGGUUGGCUGGAGUAAAGGUUUGCCAGAGCUCGUCGGGCAGCACGGAGGUGUCACAGAUGGAAAUCACAGCUAUUUCGACAACGGGACGUUGGUAGCAACUGCGGUUUACGACACUGUCAUCCAAUCCUGGGUUCCUAUUCUCUACACAUGGGUUCAUAAGGUCGACACUCAGCACCACCUUCCCCACUUCCGUAAAGUUGCGCACCAAAUUGUCGACACCUGUCAAGAGAAAGGAAUGCAGCUCAAAGACGAAUUCCUCCUGCACGUCUUUGAUUUCGCCCAGCCAGAACAUGCUGCCCACGCUGAAUCAUUUGUAGAAGCCAAGAUACGCGUCUUCAGUAAUUGGCACCAGCUUACCCCGGAAGCCCAAGCAAUUCAGAAAGCCGAGUGGCUCAAAACGGCCGAACGCUAUCAGAUUGGGUGUCGUGUUCACUUCAAGCGCUCUGCUAACCGCAUUCAGUCGUCCCAUAGCCUCGUACCGCCUGAAAACGGGGCCAGCUUCAUGUCAAAGGUGCAUCAGCUCGUAUCCACAAAAACCUCCUUGGAAUCAUUCAACUCGAUUGUCGAUGAACUUGCGAAGACCUACCCUAGAAUCGUCGGCUGGCUUGGGUGGUGGCUUCGCUCGCGAAUCGCUUCGUUGAUCUUUCCUGCCAAAAGCGCAGUCGAUCCUGACCUUCGGAAGAAAGUACCGAACUCAUCCAACGUCAUUGAAAGCAUACACCACCUCACAAACCACGCUGUUGGAAAAGGUCACGAUAUCAUUGAAGGGGCGCAAGGUCUUCUUCUCCACAGCCGCGAGCUUCAGGCGCAGCACCAGGCCAUUCUAGUGGGUCACAAUGAUCCACUUCCAGCUCGCGCUCCCAAACAGCCUACCCGCAGGGCAAUUCCUGUUGAUGAUUCCGAGAAUGGUCGCGCCCCAGACACUGUUGAGCGCUUGGGACUGGUCCCAUCUGUUCCCCAACAAAGUGUGACUGGUUCAGAGGCGAUCCCACCUCUGGAGCUUAUCGCGUACCGAUGGAAUGGGAAGAACUCUUGCUUCUGGGACGUUGCGCUUGAACUCUGGUACAGAGCGUAUUCCUGCUGGCCCGAACGCGAGGCAGAGAAGAUCCGUCUGCUCCUCAAGGAAACCGCCAAAAACUCAUUUCUGACCUGGCUAAUCUUCCACUUCCACAACCGGAGGCAGUCACUCAAGAGCAACAACCGGAACUCGCUGAAGCGUGACCUCUUUACUGGACAAGGGAUGACCGAAUUUUACAUCUUCGACAAGUGGAGGCUCCUGAAUCCCGGUGACUAUGGAACCCCUACUCUCUGGCUGACGCAUGCUGUACAGGACUCUUCGCCUCCCCUACCGACGCAACAACACUUUGGGAUACAGCAAGUGAUCUUCUCAAGAUGCUCGCAUGGGCAUGCGCACACAUUUUACGACCCGACAACACCAAUCGUUCCCCACACCGUCUCUAUUGCCUUCGUCCACGCUCUCACACUGGAGUAUGGUCGUCAGAUCUCGAUCGGAGAUUACCUUUCCCGGUGGAUUCCUAAUCGACACUCAUACACGACUCCCCUCCAUAUACACCACUCGGUCUCGAAGUGCAAUCAUGAAGGAUGCUCUAAGGACAGCCACUUUGUAGAGGCCGUGAUAUACUGGCCAAUGAUUCUUUCACUCUCAGUCGAAGGAGUCAGGGAACCGGGUACGACAGGUGCUAGUGCCACUGCCUAUCCUUCCAGGCCUGUCUGGGACAACACCAUCGAGAUAGAGGACGACGACGGCAAGGUCACCUACGAGCUUGUUGGAAGAGCAAUUUAUGACAGGCGUCGUCAACAUUAUACCUCACAAGUUCGGUUCAGAAACAAGUGCUUCGAAUACGACGAUAUAUCUAUGAAUGGGAGCCACCCCUCUCUCGUAGAAUCUCCCGACAUGGGUCUUCUCCAGUCGAAGGUCCCUGAGGCUCCGUUAUAUGUCUACCAUCGCACAUCCACAAAGGCAUCAACUUCCCGGUCAAAGGAGGCGAUCCUUUCCGACUAUUCCUUGCUCACAAAGCUUGAACGCCCAAUUAUGGUUGAGAAAGCUACCAAGGGUGGGGAAACAGUGAUCGAAUCGGCCUCCGAGUCGGAAUCAGACGACGAUUCCAUUGACUCGUUGUUGCAUGAUAUUCUCAACCAUCCCGUGGCCAGCACCAGAGGGCCUUCAACAUCUCCCAAGCCCUCCGAGCCCCUUGUACUACCAGCCCGAAACCCUAGUCGUCCACCAUCCCCUGCUCCUUCAUCAACAGCUGGUGAUGAAAUUCCGGAACCCAUUGUAUGCACCAACAGAGACUCACGCCUCUGGUGCGAGAAGGAUGAAAGUAACGGAUACUACACUGGAACAUUUGACCUCGACUUCGUGUCCUGUCCUCUGUGUAACCAGGAGUAUCAUUUUGUCUGUGUCCGUGGUCUUCUUCCCUCAACCUGCGAAUUUCCGUUCGACAUUAAGGACCAGAAGGCUUGCUGGUGCUGUCUCCAAUGCCAGUACGGUCCAAAUUCGACGUUAGACCAUGCCUUGAUUGGACAGACUGUCCUAAUUAACGCGCACUGGUUUUCCGUUUCGAACCCGCUCUAUUAUCCCGCGAAGAUUUUGCGCAGGGACAGGGCGUCAUUUAUCCUGCAGUGGAGCGAAUUCAACGUCUACAAGGCGAGUUACAAGCCGCAAACGAUGCAAUUUGCUCUCCCUCCGCUGGAAUGUUAUCGGGCCAAGAUGCGUCCAGUACAGGAGUACAAGAGUAAUUCUGUCUUGGGUACGAUGAGGUGUCCUACAUCGCUUCAUCCAGACUCAAAGGUGUAUCCGAACGUACUGGCGAAGAACACUAUUGCAGAUGCAUACGACACGGUUCACAAGAUCCUUAUUUCGAAAGAAACGGUCCAUCCUAUCACCAAAAUCUUCGCGCACUACAUGAAGAAUCGGACGAACGAAGCAGAACUCAAAUCGGAGACCAUGAGCUUCCUCGACGAGUUCUGGUUCCCCUUAUUCCCCGGAGACGACGCACUGAUUUCACAGGCCCUUGUCAGGCUAGAGGGCGCUGCUCGCAAUGUUGCACCUGGCGAUCUCGAUCUCCACACCCACAUUGCCGCCCAAGCAACGGUUCUAUUCUCUGUGGUCCUUGCUCGUGUGGCUAUCGGUGCUCAGCCCAAGCACGAUGGCGAAAUCUUCUACUUGGGGUACCGUGGUGCAUGGCGGAAGGAGGAGGUCAGUGAGAUGACGAUUACCCAGGAGAUAGCGCUCCACGGUGCACUCACACGCAAGCCCACGCCAUACGAAGAAGCCAUCCUCGCGUCGCAGGGUGCUGAGGAUACAACCGUGCUUCCGACUUCACGCCUUGAAGCUAGAUUUAGCUUUGUCGAAGAUCCCACUCUCCCCAACGCCACCUACACCGACUUCCCAAUUCGAUCACUCCGAGAGUCUGGAAAUCCGUUCGAGUUUGAAGGUAGUAUCGGCCUCAGCCUACAAUCCAGUGGAUACACACCUGGUGCCCUCAAACAACCAUUAUCCUCGAGCAACGCGUCACCCCAGGAUGCAAAGCCGAAGCGCCCAAGGCCCACCCCAGCUGUCAGACGUAAUCGAGCUCAAGUAGAAUUCCGAAUAUUGGAACCUAGCAAGGCAUAUUCACCAGAAGUCCGACCACCACUGUUACAAGGCCAGGAAGACGAAGACGGUCGACGUCGAAGUAAACGUCGACGGACUGAUGUGGACUACUCAGGUACUUGCAAUUAA